AUGGUGGUAGCGACCGCAUCAGCGUCGAAGCGUCUCGUGCAGCGCGCGGGUGCUGCACUGCACACUUCUGCUUUGCCCACUCAACGGCUGCUGGCGAGUGGAUCGCAACGAUUCCCCGUCAUCUCGACUGCCUCCCGGCCCCGCAAGGUGCUGGAUUCGAGCGGGGUGAGGCAUGCAAGCACGUCGAGCAAGAAGCCUGAAGAUGAAGCAGAACGGCACAGGACACAGUACAACUACGAUCCGUUUACGCUGCACCCAGACGCGAAGCACUACAGCUAUCCGCUGGUUAGUGCGGAUGAUCUUGCUGCAGGUUCGGAGCGGUCCUCCAGCGACACAUCGACGCAGGGAGGGGAGGAGAAGCAGGUGGGACCGGGGGGUAGGCCUAGGGAGGUGCGCAUGCUGGCGCGCGACUUUAUCCACGACAGCCUGUACAACCCUGCGUACGGGUACUUUUCCAAGCAGGCUGUGCUGCUCCCCGACUCCAACCCCGCGUCGUCAAAGGAGGAAGAGCAGUACGAGGUGGUGGGAGGGGAGACGUAUGAGCACGAGAUGGGCGUGCUGCGACCCAGCGGCGGCUUCGAGUUCAACGCGAUCAAGAACGAGAGCGAGUUCAUGCGGCUUGUCGAGGAGCGGUACGAGUCGUUUGAGACGCAGAUCGCUGUGCUAGUCCAGGAGCGUCAGGCGGCGCUCGAUGCGCAAACUCAGCAGGCCGAGUUUGCCGAAUCCGUGCAGCGGGAGCGACGAGAACGCGUAGCAAAGCGACAGGAGCGAGCGCACGCUCGGGUGCCGGAGUAUUCGGCAGCGGGGUUGGAAGCAGCCCAACGCAGGGGGCGGGCAAUGGCGAGGGAGGGAGUGCAAGAGACGGAUGUGCAGAGCAUGGCGGCCAAGCAAGUGUGGCAUACACCUACGCAGAUCUUCCAGCCGUACUACGCCCACGCGAUCGCGCGAUACUUGGUGGCCGAGUACAAGCUGCACAACUACCCCUACGACGACCUGGUGAUAUUCGAGCUGGGCGCCGGGUCGGGUGCGCUCGCACGCGGGAUUCUCGACUACAUCGCCUUGAGCGAGCCGGAGAUCUACACGCGUACGCGCUAUCGGAUCGUGGAAAUCAGCGAGCGGUUGGCACAGGAGCAGACGCGAAAGCUGGCAAGGCAUGCGAAAGCGCGCAGGGUGGAGGUGGUUCACCGCGAUGUGCUGGCGUGGAGCGACGAGGUGCAGGAGCCGUGUUUCGUGAUCGCACUCGAGGUGCUGGAUAACCUGGCGCACGACGUGGUGCGGUUUGGGCUCGAGGAUUUGACGCCGUACCAGGGGGUGGUGUCGAUCGAUGAGACGGGCGAUAUGCACGAGCUGUACGAACCGCUCAGCGACCCACUCAUCCAACGAUACCUGCAGAUCAUCGGUCAAGACCUAUCGCCCCUGCAAUCGUCUUACCUCCGCUUCCUGCCCGAUAAGCUCCGCUCGGCGCUGGCGAAACAUGCACCAUUCUUCCCCAACCUUUCCGAACCCGUCUUUGUCCCCACCAACGCGCUGCGGUUGUUCGACACACUCAACCGGUUCUUCCCACACCACCGACUCGUCAUGUCCGACUUCAACUCGCUCCCGGACUCCAUUGGUGGCGUGAACGCUCCCGUGGUACAGACGCGCAUCAACGCCCAGAUGGUGCCAGUUACCACGUACCUCGUCCUUCAGGGGUAUUUUGAUAUCUUCUUCCCGACCAACUUCGCCCAUCUGGCCAAGAUGUACCAUGCGGUCAACGGCGCGUUUUUCAGCCCACAUUUCUCGCCGCACCAGAGAAGGUCCAGGGCUCCGCAUGUGCUGGCGCAUGCGGCGUUUUUGGAAAGGUAUGCAGAGAGGGAGAAGCUGGUGCUGAGGGACGGCUCCAAUCCGUUGCUCGCCUGGUACCAGAACGCAAGCUGGUUCCUGUCGUAG